AUGGCCUCCGCCGACUUUCUGCCGAUCACAAAAACCGAGGAGCAAAACACGCGGGUGCUGUCGAUUCUGCACCACGUGCUCGUUUGUGACUCGUCCGACGCGUCGUGUCAAAUCUGUGCGAGACCUUCGGCGCAAAGGAUCAAGACCAUGUUGGAGCACUCGAGAUGUUGUCACUUUGAUGCGUUGCGCUGCGUCGCGUGCCAUCACCUCAAGGCGUUGUGCAGAAUCCACGUGGACGCGUGUCUCGAGCACACGCAUUGCCCAAUGGUGUUUUGCGAGGAGAUCAAGCGCGAGACGCGCGAGCACUUUGAGCGUCUCGACAAGGGAGAAUGCGUCUGGCUGCCCGACGAGAACCUUCGUGGAUAA